UUGUAUGGAAGUAAAGAAAAACAAUAGUGUAUAUUUCAUCAUAUCACAAAACCUAGAAUUUUUAAUCCUCUUAGUUUAAUUAUUCUUGCUCAAGCAGAAUAGCCAAUGUGAAGAGAGAUUUUUAAUGGCUUAGUGAGAGGUGUGGGUGCGUCGAUUUCAUGGGGAUACGGUUUUCCUAUGAACCGCCUUGUUUCCUGAGCUUUUAGCAGUCACACCUGACCGCCCGAACCUGGAGAUUUCACUCUGUUCAAGAACAGGACUCCUGGCAUACUAUAGCGAGUCAUCCAAGACGAAGUGAAGUUCUCUGAGCACAUCCUGCUGGAGCAUAGGUCUAUGAUCUCUCAUCCAAGACGAAGUGAGGCUCUCCGAGCACAUCCUGCUGGAGCAUAGGUCUAUGAUCUCUCAUCCAAGACGAAGUGAAGCUCUCCGAGCACAUCCUGCUGGAGUGCACCACGGUGCCUCGUGAAGCUGGAACUUGGCCUGGCUUGCCUUUGUCCUGCUGCGGUCUUGCCGGCAACUUCCUCAGGCGCUGCCCACCGGAAGCGUGCCUUUGACUCCGCCCACUCCAGCAUAUAAAGGCGUAGCUGCGGACAGGACCCCAGCGCCAUCUUCCUUCAGCGCGCGGCCAGGUGCGUCGAGGCGGGAAGCUGAAUCUUGAACUUUCUGAGGAGAGCAUCUGGGCUUCAGAGUUGCUACAAGGUAAAGGAAGUAUGAGACUGCAGACGGAAGGGUUUUGCGACAGAAGAGACCAGUGGCCACAGUCAGCUGUACUCCUGGUGCACCUUCACAAUGCUUACCAUGGCCAGGAACACACUACGUGGUCUCAAGACUCGAAGCAUUCAUCAAGUUACAGCAAGGCAGAGUCACGGGAAGCACUCGCUAGAUUUUCAUGACAAAUAUGGCAAUACUUUGCUGGCUAGCGGGGUCACAUUUUGUGUUGUUGCAUGGCUGUUUACAGCCACACAGAUUGGAAUAGAAUGGAACCCCUCCCCUGUCGGCAGAGUUACCCCAAAAGAGUGGAAUGAUCAGUAACCGCCCCACUUGCUGCAAUGCAUAGUUGUUUCAAAACCAACUUGUCAUAUGAGUGUUGUGCUGCUGCUUACAACACAGCAUAAAUGAUG